CUCAGCCAGCACCCAGGUCCCGACAGCCCCAUCUUCCUGCCCAGUGACUCCGAGUGGCUGUGGACUCUGGCCAAGACCUGGGUGCGCAACUCCGAGUUCCACCUGCACGAGGUCACCUCCCACCUGCUCCGCGCCCACCUGCUGGCCGAGGUCUUCGCCGUGGCCUUUGUCUCCGGCAUCGUGGGAAUCUACUACCGGACCAGCCUCUCGGUGCAGAGUGACUACGAGCUGCAGGCGUGGGUGGGCGAGAUCUUCACCAAGGGGUUCCUGGGCCGACAGGCGUCGGGCGUCCCCUCGGCUCUGGGCACCACGGCCGAGCUGACCAGGUACCUGACCAUGGUGAUCUUCACGUGCUCUGCCUAUCAUGCCGCCAUCAACGCCGGGCAGUUCGAGCUGGCAACCUUCAUGCCCAAUUAUCCAUCGUCCAUGCGGAAGUCGCCACCUCGGAACAAGGCCAAGGUGACCCUGAAGGAGUUCCUGGACACCAUCCCCGAGAUGAACACCACUAGCCUGAUCCUCUCUGUCCUCUGGGUGCUGCGUAAUGAGGAUCGAGACUUG